AUGGAUCUCUCCGAUGCCCCCCAGUUAUCCGAUGCCUCACAUCUCUCCGUCGUCCUCGACCUUUCUCCAACCCAAUGGCAUCUCUCAGGUUUAUUAUCAAAUAAAUAUCCACUCUCUCUCAACUCUUUUUUGUCUCAUGUCCUCGCUUUUCUCAACGCUCACUUGGCUUCCCAACAUGAAAACACCCUCGCCGUCUUUGGCGCAUUUCCAGGCAAGAGCCUGAUGCUCUAUUCAUCCACACUUCACAACCCCGAGCUCCAAUCCAUCGAUUCAAACUCAUAUGCACCAUUCAAACUAGUAGAUUCCACCAUCAUAAACCGCAUUUCCGACGAGCUGGACGCCAUUGAUCAAUCCGAAGAAGAAGCCCCGUGUGCACUCGUCGGUGCGUUGACCAAAGCAUUGUGCUAUGUGAACAGAAUAUCCUUGCCACCCCCAUCCAACUCUUCGACUUCGCCAAACACACGUGAUUCGACUGUUCUGCCAGAUCCAAGGAUCCUGAUCUUAUCCGUUUCCCCCGAUCUAUCCACCUCUUACAUUCCUAUCAUGAACUCAAUCUUUUCCGCGCAGAAACUUAAAGUCACUAUCGAUGCCUGUCAAGUUUAUGGUCCUGAUGCUGUCUUUCUGCAGCAGGCCGCCCAUCUAACCGGUGGUUCCUACCUCUUCCUGGAACGGAGAGAUGCUCUCCUCCAAUACCUUAUCAUGUCUUUCUUGUCGGCCCCCUCAAUCCGCCAAGUCCUUGCUGUGCCAACCCAAGACCGAAUAGACUUCCGUGCAGCAUGCUUUUGUCAUAAAAACAUCAUUGACAUUGGCUUUGUGUGCUCCGUCUGUUUAUCCAUUUUCUGUCAACCUGUGCCUGUUUGCUCAACGUGCCGGACAAAAUUCCCCAUCAAGACUCUCCAGCGUCUCAAUGCGUCCCGUCCAAACGUGCCAUCAUUGAGUAAGUCAGGACCCCCGUCAGUGGUGGGCACACCCCAAAGUCGUACGCCAGCGUCUACACGGAACUUGCCUUUCCCUGGAGAACAACCUCUCAGCACAACACCCGGAAAUGGGAAUACACCAGCAACCAACGGCUCAAACCAUUGA